AUGAGUGACGGCGAGAAGAUCCGCGCUUCGGGCGAGACUCCCCGGGAACAGUCUCUGCCUACUGUCAACCCCGCUGCGGAGAAAACAGAGCAGCCCAGCAAUACAUUUCACCCCGCGGUCUACGUGACGGCUUGGAUCUCUUUGAGUUCCACCGUGAUUCUUUUCAACAAGUACCUUCUCGACUAUGCCAACUUCCGCUUCCCUAUCAUCCUCACAACAUGGCACUUGGGCUUCGCUACCAUUAUGACCCAGAUCCUCGCUCGCACCACUACUGUCCUGGACGGCCGCAAGAAGGUCAAGAUGACUGGUCGUGUUUACCUCCGCGCAAUCGUUCCUAUCGGUGUGAUGUUCAGUCUGAGCUUGAUCUGCGGCAACAUGACCUACCUCUACUUAAGUGUUGCCUUCAUCCAAAUGUUGAAGGCUACCACUCCGGUGGCCGUUCUCCUUGCCACCUGGGGUAUGGGUAUGGCUCCCGCCAAUAUGAAGGUGCUGGCCAAUGUCUCCGUCAUCGUCUUCGGUGUGGUCAUUGCUUCCUUCGGUGAGAUCAAGUUCAACAUGGUCGGUUUCUUGUUCCAGAUUGGUGGUAUUAUCUUUGAGGCCACCCGUCUGGUCAUGGUGCAGGGCUUGCUCAGCUCCGCCGAUUUCAAGAUGGAUCCCAUGGUUUCUCUGUACUACUUUGCACCCAUUUGUGCUGUCAUGAACGGAGUCGUUGCUCUGUUCCUGGAAUUCCCCCAUGUCACCAUGGACCACGUCUACUCCGUUGGUGUCUGGGUCCUCGUUCUCAAUGCCCUCGUGGCUUUCCUUCUCAACGUCUCCGUUGUUUUCCUGAUUGGCAAGACCUCAUCCUUGGUUAUGACACUUUGCGGUGUCCUCAAGGAUAUCCUGUUGGUUGCGGCCUCCAUGAUGCUAUGGCAGACCCCCGUCACCGGUCUUCAGUUCUUUGGUUACUCUAUCGCUCUGAUGGGUCUUGUCUGGUACAAGCUUGGCGGCGACAAGAUGCGCGAGUAUACUUCUUCUGCUGGCCGUGCCUGGGCUGAAUAUGGCAACAACCGCCCUGCGCAGCGCAAGUUUGUCAUCUUCGGUGCUGUUGCUCUCACCUUCUUCCUUUUUGUUGGCUCCAUGGCCCCCGAUUACGCCAAUGGCUCCGUUGACCGUGUCAAGGGCUACCUCGGUGGUGCCACUGCUGGUAAUGCCUAA